UCCGCCCCGUCCCGCCGGGAGGGAGAGCGGCGAGCGAGCCGGAGCCCCGCAGCCGCGCCGCGCCGCCUAGGCAAGGGGCCCCGGCUGCCCGGGAGCCCCGCAACGGGAACCGGGGCCCCAAGCAGCACCAGCCACCACCGCUCCGGUCAGCCGGGAUCGAGGAGGGGGCUGCUGCAAGCCGGCAGCAGCCCCCCACCCCGGGGCCGCCCCCGCCGCCUGGCCGGGGGAGUCGCUGUCGCGUUGCCCGUUGAGCUCCGCGGCCUCAGCCCCGGCUGGGGGAGGCGGCUGUCACCCAGGCAGCAGCGGCAGGACUCACUAAUUGAAGCUGGUCCCCUCUCAGAAGAGUUCAUGUGAAGGCUGCCCAUGGAAGGCCGAUGCCUGCAUUCGCUGUGGCUCUAGGAUUCUGCUGGUUUGCUGUUUUAAUUCACUGAAGAGUCCAGUUUUUCCCAUGAACCAUCUUUCACCUCGGGAAGAUAGAGGUGCAAAGUAGGUCAACCAACAUGAGCGGCCUUGGGGACAGCUCCACGGACCCUGCCAACCCUGACUCUCGGAAGAGGAAAGGCUCCCCGUGCGACACAGCCCAGAGCAAUGAAAAGCGGCGACGGGAGCAGGAGAACAAAUAUUUAGAGGAGCUGGCGGAGCUGCUGUCUGCAAACAUUGGGGACAUCGACACUCUGAGCGUCAAACCUGACAAAUGCAAGAUCCUGAAAAAGACAGUGGAUCAGAUCCAGCAGAUGAAGAGGUUGGAGCAAGAGAAAACAGCUGAUGAUGAAGUCCAGAAGUCUGACAUCUCAUCCAGCAGCCAAGGGGUGAUUGAGAAGGAGUCUCUGGGACCUCUGCUUCUGGAGGCCCUGGAUGGCUUCUUCUUCGUUGUGAACCGCGAAGGGAGGAUCGUCUUCGUCUCCGAGAACGUGACCAGCUACCUGGGUUACAACCAGGAGGAGCUGAUGAACACCAGUGUCUACAGCAUCCUGCACGUGGGGGAUCACGCCGAGUUUGUCAAGAACUUGUUGCCAAAAUCUCUAGUAAAUGGAGUUCCUUGGCCUCAAGAAGCAACCAGGCGCAACAGUCACACCUUCAGCUGCAGGAUGCUGAUCCGGCCGCCGGACGAGCCCGGCGCUGAGAACCAGGAGGCUCGGCAGCGCUAUGAGGUCAUGCAGUGCUUCACUGUCUCCCAGCCCAAGUCCUUCAAGGAGGAAGGAGAAGAUUUCCAGUCGUGUCUGAUAUGCAUUGCAAGACGAUUACCUCGGCCGGCAGCCGUCACCCCUUCUGAAUCCUUUGUGACCAAGCAAGACACCACAGGUAAAAUCAUCUCCAUUGACACCAGUUCCCUGAGAGCCGCUGGCAGGACGGGCUGGGAAGAUCUGGUGCGGAAAUGCAUCUACGCUUUCUUCCAGCCACAGGGCAGAGAGCCUUCUUAUGCCAAACAGCUCUUUCAAGAAGUGAUGACACGUGGCACAGCCUUCAGCCCCUCGUACCGAUUCACCCUGAGCGACGGCACAGUUCUUAGUGCCCACACCAAGUGUAAGCUCUGCUACCCCUCCAGCCCAGAGAUGCAGCCCUUCAUCAUGGGCAUCCACGUCAUCGACAGGGAUCAUGGCAUGCUCUCACCCCAGGAGAACACUAACUCCACAAUGUCCCUUCCCCGGGUCAGCCCCUCGCUGAACCCCAGCAUCUCCCCAGGGCAAGGCAUGGCCCUGCCACCCUCCAUCCCUCCCUCCAACGGCAGCAUGUUGGCCACCAAUGUGAACCAGCAGCCAGGCGCCGGCCUCCACAACAGCAACUCCAGCACCAGCCAAACCAGCUUUGGAUGUUCACCUGGGAACCAGAUAGGAGCCAAUGUUGCCUUAAGCCAGGGACAAGCCGGUCCCCAGAACAGUAACCACACUUUGAACCUCAAUAGCUCCCCUAUGAAUAGUCCAGGGAUUACCCCACCACAGUUCAUGUCUCCAAGGCAUCGGGUCAGCCCAGGGCUGGUGCCCAGACCCAGAGUGCCCAGCAAUCCCUUCUCACCCACCAUGCCUACUAUGCAUUCCCCCGUGGGCAUGACCAACAGCGGCAGCGGGGGCAGCUGCGGCACCGGCGGCACCAGACCCUUUCCCAACGCCCCCAUGAACUCUAUGCAGGGGCUGCCCGAGGGCCCUAGCACGCCAGUGGGCUACUCGACACCGCCCCCCGUGCUGAGACAGCUCAGCUCCCAGAGCUCGCCGGGCCGCCUGGCCAUGCAGCCCAUGAAAGCAGAGUCCAAGGACAGCAAAGAGAUCGCCUCCAUCCUGAGCGAGAUGAUCCAGUCGGACGGCGGCUCGGGGGACAGCAAACCGCUCGACUCUGGCAUGCUGCACACCAGCGACAGGCUGGCGGAGGGGGACACCACCAAGUGCCCCCAGACCACCAGCCAUAAGCUGGUGCAGCUUCUGGCCACCACGGCGGAGCAGCAGCUUCGACACGCCGACGUGGACACCAGCUGCAAAGAUUCCUUAGCCUGCGCCAGCACCGCCGGCACCUUGGGCUCCAGCAACCCUCCCAGCAGCUCCUGCCCUUCCUCCCACAGCUCGCUGACCGAGCGGCACAAGAUUUUGCACAGACUCCUUCAGGAGGGCAGCCCAUCCGACAUCACCACCCUGGGCAUGGAGCACGAGAAGAAGGAGAGCGCCCCAAAUCCCACCCCCACGGCUCCGAGCCAGCUGCCGGGCACCCCGGACAUCAAACUGGAGCCGGAGGCGCUGAAGAAGAAAGAUGCCAAGGAUCACCAGCUCCUGCGCUAUCUGCUGGACAAGGACGAGAAGGAGCUGGCUGCAGCCCCGGCUCUGACCCUGGAUGAUGUCAAGGUGAAGGUGGAGAAGACAGAGCAGAUGGAGCCUUGCAACACAGCCCCGGUGCCGCUCACCAAACCUCCUGCCACAGAGGAGGUUAAGCUGGAGACACAGGGCCAGUUUGCUGCGGAACUGGAGCAGCUGGACCAGCUCCUGCCCUCGCUGGAGAAGGCAGCUCAACUGCCCGGCUUGUGUGGCCCAGAGAGAAAUGAGAGUGGUGUGGCCGGAGUGGCUGUCAAACCAGAGAUGCUGGCAGCCCCCCUGCAGCCCAGCACUGCUGCCAGAGCCCCCACAGGACUCAACCCCAUGAGCAGCGGGCAGGGCGUGCAGGCUGGCCGGACCCCCUUCGAGUUCUGCGACACGCUGGAGCCGGCACCGCUGAGGCAGGUCCCGUGCCCGGCCAGCAACGGCAGCAGCCCCCACGCCCGCGGCCAGUCCCAGCAGGGCAGGGGCGCGGUGACUGCGCCAAACCCCUUCCCACCCGACACAGGAAUGCCUGAGCUGGAGAUGGGGGUACCAGAGCACCAGUUUGGACAGCCAGGAAUGGGGGAGCAGAUCCCCUGGACGGAUAACAGCAUGGCAGCCAUGAAUCGAGGCACGCUGAAUAAACCUGAAGACCAGUGCAUCACCUCGCAGCUGGAUGAGCUCCUGUGUCCUCCCACCACGCCGGAGGGUCGGAAUGACGAGAAGGCCCUGCUCGAGCAGCUCGUCUCCUUCCUCAGCGGCAAAGACGAGACGGAGCUGGCUGAGCUGGAUCGAGCUCUGGGGAUCGACAAAUUGGUCCAGGGCGGCGGGCUGGAAGCCCUGACGGAGCGGUUCCAGCCCCAGCAAGCCACCCCGCCGCUCAUGAUGGAGCAGAAACCCGGCAUGUACCCCCAGCCUUACUCCUCCGCCUCUCCCACCGCCAACCUCCCCGGUGCUUUCCCCGGCAUGGUCAGGCAGAAGCCGUCCUUCGGACCCAUGCCGGUGCAGGUCCCGCCGCCCCGCGGCGCCUUCCCCACCAACAUGGCCAUGCAGCCCCGGCAGACGCUCAACAGACCCCCGACGGCCCCCAACCAGCUGCGACUUCAGCUGCAGCAGCGGCUGCAGGGCCAGCAACAGCUGAUCCACCAGAACCGGCAGGCCAUCCUCAACCAGUUUGCAGCCAGUUCCCCGGUGGGCAUCAACAUGCGGGCGGGGAUGCAGCAACAGAUCACGCCACAGCCUCCCCUCAAUGCCCAGAUGCUGGCGCAGCGGCAGCGGGAGCUGUACAGCCAGCAGCACCGGCAGCGGCAGCUGAUGCAGCAGAGAGCCCUCCUGAUGCGGCAGCAGAGCUUCGGCAGCAACCUCCCUCCCUCCACGGGGCUCCCGGUACAGAUUGGAGCCGCCCGCUUGCCCCAGGCGCCCCCGCAGCAGUUCCCCUACCCUCCAAACUACGGUACAAGCCCGGGAAACCCUCCCACCUCCACCAGCCCCUUCUCGCCCCUGGCAUCCAACCCCGAGGCGGCGCUGGGCAACCGCAGCAGCAUGGUGAACAGGAGCAUGAUGGGAGGCGUCGCGGGGCAGUUCGGCGCCGGCAUGGCCCCGCAGAUGCAGCAGAACAUCUUUCAGUACUCGGGAUCAGGCAUGGGCCAGCAGAGCGAGCCAGCCUUCGCCCCAUCGCUCAGCCCCAGCAGCCCCUUGAUGUCCCCCCAGCUCCCGCCGUCACAGAGCCCCAUGCUGCAGCCAGCCCCGCCCACCGCCGGCUACCAGUCCCCGGACAUGAAGACCUGGCAGCAAGGAGCCAUGGGCAACAGCAAUGUAUUCAGCCAAGCAGGGCAGAGCCAGGUGGCCCCUGCUCAGCAGGGCAUGUACAACAACAUGAGCAUCACUGUCUCCAUGGCGGGAGGAAACACCAACGUCCAGAACAUGAACCCCAUGGCUGGACAGAUGCAGAUGAACUCACUGCAGAUGCCUGGGAUGAAUUCCAUGUGCUCAGAGCAGGUAAAUGACCCGGCGCUGAGACCCGCGGGCCUUUACUGCAACCAGCUUUCCUCCACUGACCUUUUGAAAACAGAAGCAGAUGGGGCGCAGCAGGUACAACAGGUUCAGGUCUUUGCCGACGUACAGUGUACAGUGAAUCUGGUAGGAGACCCCUACCUCAACCCGCCGGCUCCCUUGGGCACGCCGAAGAACGCCGCCGGGCCGCCGCCGCCGCCGGGCCAGCAGAAGAGCCUUCUUCAGCAGCUACUGACUGAAUAAUCGCUUUGCGAGGAAUGUGAAAUUUAAAUAAGAAGACGUACAGAGAUAUAUAAAUAUAUAUAUUAUAUAUUUUUCUGAGAUUUUUGAUAUCUCAAACCCGCAGCCAUUCUUCAGCUCGUAGUGUUUGGAGCCAAACAGGGAG